ACCUCUCAAAUCUUGUGGUGAUGAGAGGAAAAUGGUGGUUCAAUAGAAUAGAUUUCUUAGGAGGCAUAAAACGGUUUUUGGUUUUGUUAUUGUAAUACACAAUAAACGGCCUUAGGCUUGCCUAGGGGGUAAGAAUGGAGAACCCUCGAAGAAUGAAUGCUUAUGGAUGUUUCCUCAUCGUCUGCAUCAUCUUCUUCUUCCUCUCCUUAUCAUGCUCUCGAGCAUCCGCACAUGGUGUACAAACCAAAAAUAAAGAGUUCGUACCAAAUAACAGGCUGAAGCAAGCGCGCCACGCCUUUGAGGCGUGGAAGCAGGCUAUCUAUUCCGAUCCGAUGAAUUUCACUGCUAACUGGGUUGGCCCUGACGUCUGCUCCUACAACGGCAUCGUUUGCGCCCAGGCCUUUGACGACCCCUCCCUCACCGUUGUGGCGGGAGUCGACCUCAACCACGCCGACAUAGCUGGUCACCUCCCCGACGAGAUCGGCGACUUGGCCGACCUCAGCCUCCUCCACUUGAAUUCUAACAGGUUCUGCGGGAUCAUCCCCAAGAGCAUCAAGAAGCUAAAUCUCCUUUUCGAGUUGGAUGUGAGCAACAACCGCUUCGUCGGGCCUUUCCCUAAGGUUGUCCUUGAGCUGCCAGAGCUCAAGUACCUCGAUCUUAGGUUUAACGACUUCGAAGGCGAGCUCCCAAAGGAACUGUUCGAUAAGGAGCUUGACGCCAUCUUUAUGAACAACAACAGAUUCAGGUCCGCCAUCCCUGAGAAUUUGGGGAACUCUCCUGCUUCUGUGAUAGUGUUGUCUAAUAACCACCUCAUGGGGUGCAUUCCCCAAAGCAUUGGCAAGAUGGCCGGCUACUUAGACGAACUGAUCCUGUCGAAUAAUAAACUAUCGGGAUGCAUGCCAGAGGAGGUGACCCUGUUGAACUCGACGGUGGUGUUCGAUGUGAGCGUGAACAAGUUCGUCGGGGACUUGCCGGAGGGGAUGGAAUACAUGCAGAGCUUGGAGGUUGUCAACAUCGCUAGGAACGAGUUCAGGAGCAACAUGCCUGAUACCGUCUGCAGCUUGCCAAACUUGAAGAACUUAACCUACUCCCACAAUUAUUUCGAUGCCAAGGACGCAAGCUGCGACCAUGAAGCCAUCCCGGAAGUGACAUUCGUUGGCGAGGAGAACUGCAUCGCUGGGGAGAAGGAGCAGCAGAGGUCGGAGAAGGUGUGCCACGAGGCGUUGAACAAGAAGGUGGAUUGUAAAGCUCAAGGGUGCCGUGGGUCGGGAUAUGGAGAGUCUCCAAAGGGUAUGGUGGAGUCACCGCCACAAUCGGAGAGACGUUCAUCGUCGUCCAAGCCUGAGCAGAAGACGCCCUCUACGCCAAAAUCUAAGACGCCUUCUACGGCAUCUAAGCCUAAGCAGAGGACGACGCCCUCUUCACCGAGAUCUAAGACGCUCUCCCCGCCAUCCAAGCCACAAUAUAAGGCUCCCUCUCCAUCUCAAAAGCCGGAGAGUCCCGCGCCAUUGAAACCGGAGCUAACUCCAUCAGUUGAACUAUCACCUCCGCCUCACGGUGAGUCAAAACCACCUUCUUCCAAACCAAUUCAGUCGCCGUCUCCUUCCCCGCGAGUGCACUUUCCAUCACCGCCAGUUGUCAACUCCCCACCACCACCUGUCCACUCCCCACCACCACCCGUCCACUCCCCACCGCCGCCAAUCCAUUCUCCCCCACCACCAGUAAACUCCCCACCACCUCCAGUCCAUUCUCCACCACCACCUGUCCAUUCCCCACCACCGCCAGUGCACUCUCCACCACCACCAGUCCAAUCCCCACCGCCGCCGCCCGUCUUCUCCCCACCUCCACCAGUGCAAUCUCCUCCACCACCAGUCCACUCCCCACCGCCACCAGUGGUGUUCCAGUCUCCGCCACCACCCGUCCAGUCUCCACCGCCGCCAGUGGUGUUCCAGUCUCCACCACCACCGGUCCAGUCUCCACCACCACCAGCAUCGCCUACUUUCACUCCAAUCGAAUUGCCGAAGAACUUGGGCGCCCAUUACCAAUCUCCUCCUCCACCAGUGUUCAUGGGCUACUAGAAGCUUUGCAAUGUCAUCAAAUCUAUGUAAUUCAUGUCCUGUUGUAACAUUAAUAUACAAAACGAACUCACUUUCUUAAGU